AGGGAAACCGCGGGGGACGCAUCAGAGUCGGCUCUGCUGAAGUGCAUCGAGGUGUGUUGUGGGAGUGUUCGUGACAUGAGAGCCAGAAACCCCAAAGUGGCAGAGAUCCCCUUUAACUCCACCAACAAGUACCAGAGCCUGGUGACACGCUGGGCCAGCGGGUGCACAUACCCAGGCCACCCUGAUGCUGUUUUCUGGGGCGACAUCGCUUUAGACGAGGAGGACCUGCGAAUGUUCCAGAUCGACAGGACGAUAGACCUCACGCAGCACACACACAUGCACACACACUCCCGGCAGGGCCACACGUCUGGCGGCCUGGAGGAACAUGAAAUCGCAAAGAAGGGAGGGUCGUUAUACCUGCUGCUGGAGAGAAUACGUAGAUUCGGUUUCGAUUAUCUCCCCAAGAACAUCAGCAAGGGAGCUGCCGGUCCCAAGAGCCAAACUGGGAAAGGUGGGAGGACUGGGAGCGCGGCGAAGAGCCGGGUCCCUCGAGCAGCCACAUCUCGAGCUGAGAGGAUAUGGCCUGGAGGAGUCAUCCCCUACGUCAUAGGAGGAAACUUCACUGGCAGCCAGAGGGCCAUGUUCAAACAGGCCAUGCGUCACUGGGAGAAACAGACGUGCGUAACUUUCAUUGAGAAGACAGAUGAGGAAAGCUACAUCGUGUUCACCUACAGACCCUGUGG